AUGUCGAGCGCCGUGGGCUCCCAUGGCCUGAGCGAUGCUCAUGAUGAUCGCGCUAACCCAGAGCCUCUGCGCAGGUCGCGGAAAGCAGGCAUCGGCGCCCUGCUUGCCAUGAUGCUGCUCGUGAACCUGGCUGCAAGCCUGUAUCAGCUUCCAUUGAACAGGGUGGUUGAACGACGUCUCUGUCGUGAGCACUACUUGUCCACGGAUCCCUCAGUGAUUGACGGGCAUGGAAACGUAGAUGAGAGUCUUUGCAAGGUCGAUGGGGUACAGCAGCGCCUAGCCUGGAUUCAGGGGACUAUGGAAACGGCAUGGAUUGUUGGAGAUUUCGCUGUCACAAUCCCUCUAGGUUUCCUUGCAGAACGAUAUGGACGUCGCACCGUCCUCUGCCUCAAUCUGAUACCGCGUAUCGUGAUGCCAGCAUGGGCCGUGAUUGUUGGUUAUUUCGAACAGAUAUUGCCGACCAAAGCCUUUGUUGCAUCUUCGUUUUUGUCCGUACUGGGUGGAGAUUGCGUCUUCAACUCUAUUACGUAUGCGAUCGCUUCUAACAUGACUGAUGAUCAUGUCCAAAGGGCCACCUACUUUGGAUGGAUGAGUUCCGUCUCUUAUGUUAUCGCACUGCUUGGACCAGCACUUGCGUCAGCCACUAUGAGCUUGCUCUUAUGGCUGCCCUUCUGGAUCGGCAUAUGCUUGCUUCUUUUGGCCUUUCCUACAAUCUCAAUGCUAGAGAGCUCGGCCAGUACACAGGCUUCUUCUCCUCGGGCGAUCAACAGGGAUGAGCAAUCACGGCCACUACUCUCUUCUCCGAUUCUGAAAGCACAAGACUCUAGUCCUUCGCUUUUUAGGUCCAUCGUCCAGCGUUUCGGUACAUUGCGAGAUAUUAUCGCAAGCCACCCCCGCAAUAUGACCCUCUUACUCAUCAGCUUUGUAUUGACCUCUCUUGCAAGCUCGGAUACCAAACUCUUGGUUCAGUAUAUCUCCAAACGCUACCACUGGACAUUCGCUUCCACGGGUUAUCUUCUUUCAGCGAAAGCCGUGGUCAAUUUCACGCUUCUCACAGUCAUUAUCCCCGCGCUACUGCGUUCGCGAGGAGCCACAUCUCGUCAUGUUCCAUCCGAGCUCGCCAGCCACCAGAUGAACAUGCAUUACGCAAAAGUUUGCCUCGUCGUCUCUAUUUUAGGAGCUCUGGCGAUAGCUCUUGCUACACAGAUCUGGAUGUUGGUCCCCUCGCUGUUUCUUUACGCCCUUGGCUCCGCGCUCCCGAUCUUCACUCUGUCCCUGUUGAAAUCGCCAUUUAUUGCCCCGAAGCGAAACGAUGAUCAAACAGGCUCGGCAGACCCAGAGUCUCAUAUAUUUUCCAUCGUUAUGAUGGUCAAGACGUCUGGGUCGCUUCUCGGUGCACCUUUGAUGAUGGUACUUUGGGUUAAGGGGAUUGCUUUGGGAGGUGCAGCUUUGGGUAUUCCUUAUUUUGUGUCUGCAAGUUGUUAUCUUGCAGCUAUUGUGGUACUACUCAAUAUUCGCACCCACUAG